UGCAACGCAAUUAAAAAGGAUUUGGAAUAGAAGUGUCUGUAGUAAUUUUAUAGGUUUAAACUAGUCAAAGAUGUUUGCCAAGCGAAAGCCAGAGCCUGCCAAGCGACGACAGCACAAUUUGGCCCAGUUUGGCUUGACGGAAAUUCCAGAUGAUUUCGAUCCCACCUCUGGCUAUGGGGAUGACGAUGGCGGGGAUAGCGACCUGGAGGCAGAGCUGGCCGCCCUUGCCAGUGGAGGCGGCCAGAGGCCAAAGGCGAAGCCGAAGCCAAAGCUAAUGCCCACCAGUGAUUUGGACAAAAUGAUUGCCGACAGCUUGCGUGAUGUCAGCGAUGAUGACGACGAUGAAAAUCUGGAAAAUGACUCUGACCUGUUGGGCGAACUGCAUGGCAUUGGGGGCUUGGAGGAAGAACCGGAGGCAGAGGAAGCUGCAGCUGAACCGGCUGCUAGCGAGGAGGAACCUGUGCAGACGUUCUUGCCCACCACCACAGUGGAUACUCUGGGCAUAAUCAAGCAGAGAUUGGAAAUAUACAAGCAGGCGGAGGCGAAUGCCAAGGCGUCGGGUGAUGCUGGAAAGGCGCGUCGCUUUGGUCGGGGUCUCAAAACCUUGCAGGAUCUGCAUAAGCAGGCGGCUGCUGGAAAGACCAUCAAUGUGGAUGAUAUCCCUCCUGAAGUGAGCGUGAAACCAGCUGGUGAUCCGUUACCAGCUGCAGACGAAUCUCCGGCUCCAUCCACUCCAGUGUCGCAGCCCACACGUGUGGCUCCUGCUCCGCCCACUCCUACUUCACCACCGGCUGCAACUCCUCCUCCGGCGCCUGCCACGCCACCAAAUCCACUUGUGGCCCAAAUGCGCAGCCGUCAGAGCGAAUACAAAGCUGCGGCCCUGCAAUACAAGCGCAGUGGCGACACAGCCAAUGCCCUGCAGUUCCUAAAGGUCGUGAAGCAGUUCGAUGUGGUCGUCAAGAUGUGCGAGGAUGGUCAGGAAGUGGAUCUCAGUGACAUGCCCCCUCCUCCCUCCGAGUUUCUUGAGUUCCUAGCCAAGAUGAAAGGUGAAGCCGCCCCAGAAGUGGUCACAGCUCCUGAGCCGACACCCGCUCCAGCUCCGGCUACCCCGCCUGCUGCUGCUGCUGCUGCAGAAUCCAUGCUGGAGGCACUGCAGCGGCGCUUGGAAAAGUAUAAGUCUGUAGAGGCGGCGGCCAAGGCUGAGGAAAACACCGGCAAGGCGCGACGGUUUGGACGGAUUGUAAAGCAGUACGAAGAUGCCAUAAAACAGUACAAGGCAGGGAAACCUGUGGCUUACGAUGAGCUGCCUGUGCCUCCAGGUUUCGGACCCUUGCCCUCGACAGAGCCUGCUCCAGCAGCCACUCCAUCACUGCCCACUUCGCCCACAUCUCCGCCAGCUACGGCAAGCACUUCUGCGGGAGGAACUCCAUCUGGGAGCAGUGCGACCACGCCAACGGUCCCACGAAAGGCGGCACCAUCACCACCGCAGCCGACAGAGCUGACGACACGCGUCACUGGCAAUCACCAGAAGAGCAACCUGGCCGAGCAACAGAUGAAGCUGCUGCUCGAGCGCCAAAAGGAGUUCAAGGUGGCCGCCAUCGAAGCCAAGAAGGCGGGAGAAAUUGAUCAGGCCAAGGAGUACCUCAAGAUCUACAAGGGAUUCGAUUCGCUGCUCAAUGCAGCCAGCAGCGGACUGCCCGUGGACCUCAGCACGCUGCCCGUACCGCCCUCUCAACGUGAUAACUUGGAGGCCUCCUUUGCCAUUGUUUCGGCAGAGGAAUGCGAUCCCAGCGAUGACAUCUGUGAGAUCGGUGUACGCAUGGAGGAGCAGCUAGCCAAGCAGCUGAUGAUGUGUAAGAAUACGCGAGACCAUCACAAGGCCAUGGGCGAUGUGGCCGGCAUGAAUCGCUUCGAAAAUCUGGCCCUGACUGUCCAAAAGGACCUGGAUCUGGUGCGUUACUCCAAGCGAAAGGGCCAGCCACUGCCAAAGUUCCACUACGAAAAGCGUAACUUUAAUAUUGUCCACUGCAACACGGAUCUGACAGACAACGAGCUGGAAAUUGUUGUGGCCCGUGGAAUCAACUAUAAUGUUCCCAAUCCCAAGGAAGUGGACACCUAUGUUCGAGUAGAGUUUCCACUCCUUAACGAUGAAUCCUUCAAGACAAAAACCAAUGUGAUCAAGGACACAAACAGCCCCGACUACGACGAACGCUUUAAGGUGGACAUUCAGCGCAGCAAUCGCCAGUUCCAGCGAAUCUUUAAGCGGCACGGUGUCAAGUUAGAGAUCUAUUCCAGAGGCUGCAGCAUAGAUUGUUGUGGACUAAGUCGUAAACUGCCCCUAUGUUGUUUCAGAGGAUUCCUGCGAUCUGACAUACUGAUCGGCACCGUCAAUGUAAAGCUGCAGCCACUGGAGACUAAGUGUGAUAUACACGACACGUACGAUCUGAUGGAUGGCCGCAAGCAGGUCGGAGGCAAGCUGGAGGUGAAAGUGCGUGUCCGCAAUCCCAUCCUGACGAAGCAAAUCGAACACAUCAACGAAAAGUGGCUGGUCCUAGAUGCCGAGGGCUGAACUGGAUUUAGAGACUUAUGUAGUUCUUUGCUUUAAGCAAACAAAAAGUAUAUUGUUUAAAAGAGAACAGGGAUUCUACUUGUUUAUGCUGUUAAGUGCCUGAUCCUCUCUCUUUCUCUCUGUAAAUACCCCGCCCAGACAGAGAAUGCUUAAUGGUUACGCUUUUGGCCGAUUCCCUGCACAGGAUGAGGGCAUUUUAUGCAUUACGAACACAACACAGAUUAUGUACUAUACACUAAAUAUUGUAUAUGAUAUAUAUAUGUAUAUGGGUGGCUUUAAGGCGGAGGCGCAUGUCCAGAAGUUUUGUGCCCAAUGAAGUCAGUUCCAGUUCCAUUCCAAGAGAGACAGAUAGAGGGAUGGCGCCUGGCCAUAGCCUGAUUAUGUUUUUGUCAUUUACUUUUGUCUAAAUAUGUGUGCGAUAAACUGUUUUUCUUGAAUUACAA